UCCUUCAGCAAGAGCUGACGUUUUGGACAAGUCACGCCGACGAAGAAUGGACUUCCGGCGUAGCGUUACGUCAUUUACCCGCGCUUUGGCGGGAUUCUGAAGGCUGAGUAGCGGCGCGUCGUAGUGCAGUAAAUUACCUGACAGGAGCACCAUGCAGUUCAGCAGGAAGAUCCGCCGGCGACCGGAGGAGAUCAAACGGGAGGAGCUCUACGGACACUGCCUGCAGUUCUAUGGACAGCCCCCUGUCGAGAACAUCUCUUUGGCUGAGUUCGAGCAGCUGGCGGUGGACAGACUCAAGCUGCUGAAAACAGUGGAGAGCCUGGGAGUGACUUUUGUGAAGAUGUCGGAGCAGUACCAGAAGAAGCUGCAUGCUGAAAUGGCUGGGCUUAACUUCCCAUACCGUGCUGAAGCUGAGGACCGGAAGCCCCUCCAAGGCUUAACGGAGUAUGACAAGAGGCGGAAAGACCACAUCUCGCACUUCAUCCUGCGUCUUGCAUAUUGCCAAACCGAGGAGCUCCGGCGCUGGUUCAUACAGCAGGAGAUGGACCUGUUCCGGUAUCGCUUCACGCUGCUGCUGUCCAAACAGAAGAGCGAAUUCCUGCAUCAGAACAGCCUGCAGUAUGACACUAUUAGCGAUACUGACAAGAAGGACUUGAUGGACAAGCUGAUCCACUCCAGCUACGGCUCCAGCGGCUGCUCUGUGGAGCAGCAGGACUUCUACAAGGUGCCCUUCCAGGAUGCCCUAGAUCUAGUACGCAGCCGGAAAGUGUUCCUCAAAGGUGGCUACGCCUACAUCCCCCACCAGGAUAUCGUUACCAUUGUCCUCAACGAUUUCCGCACAAGGCUAUCCAAGGCGCUGGCGCUCACAGCUCGAUCCCUGCCAGCCGUCCAAUCAGACCAGCGCCUGCAGCCCCUGCUGACCCACCUGAGCCAUGCCUACGUAGGUCAGGAUUACAGCAUCCAGAAGAGCAUUGGGAAGGUGUCCCUGGAACAGAUUGACCCGCUGUCGGUGAGGUCCUUCCCCCCCUGCAUGCGGCACCUCCACGAGGCCCUCCGGGAGAACCACCACCUGCGUCACGGCGGCCGCAUGCAGUACGGCCUCUUCCUCAAAGGCAUCGGCCUCACGCUGGACCAGGCCCUGCAGUUCUGGAGGUCUGAGUUCAUCCGGGGCAAAGUGGAUAGUGACAAGUUUGACAAGGCGUACGCCUACAGCAUCCGGCACAUGUUCGGCAAGGAGGGCAAACGCACCGACUACACGCCCUACAGCUGUGUCAAGGUGAUCUUGUCCAACGCCCCCAGUCAGGGCGACCAUCACGGCUGCCCCUUCCGCCACAGUGACCCCGAGCUGCUCAAGCAGCGGCUGCAGGCAUACAAAGUCUCCCCCAGCGGUAUCACCCAGGUGCUGGAUCUGGUGAUGGGGAUGCACUUCCAGCUCGCCUGCCAGAAGUACUUUGAGCUGACGCACAAUGUCGAGGAUGCCGGCUUCUCGCUGAACCACCCAAACCAGUACUUUCAGGAGAGCCAGCGCCUUAUCACAGGGGGGAGGGAACUCAAGAGGGAGGCCGAGGCCCCCCAGAGAGGGCAGGGCCCACCGGCUAGCAAGGCUGCCUCUGCCUUGCCUGAACAACCAUCCACUUCUACGGAGAUAGCAGAGGACCUAGACGCUUUGUUCCAGGAGGAAUGAGACCGGAAGUCCCUCCCUUUUCUAUCUGUGUAGCGGAUGUUUUAACUGAAUGAACGUAAUGUAUAACCAAAAAUUACCCAGUGCUUUGUCUUUUUGGUCCUCCCAUUUACCAAUAAAUAAUUUUUUAUUAA